AUGUAUAAGUUUUCCUUAUUAUUACCCAUAUUUAUAACGUUAGUAAUUAAAAUAGUAUUAGCGCAAGAUUCGAAAAAUUAUGCGACACCAGCACCAACGGACAUACCAGGUAUCCCGCAACCAGGCCCCGACCAAAAAAAUUACGAAUACUCAAAAUUAUUAUCAUACUCAUUAUUAUUUUAUGAGGCACAACGAAGUGGAAAAUUACCUCCCGAUAAUCGAAUAACUUGGAGAAGUGACUCGGCAUUACAAGAUGGUAGUGAUAAUAAAGUUGAUUUGGUAGGAGGUUAUUAUGACGCUGGAGAUCAUUUAAAAUUUACUUUUCCAUUAUCAUGGACCCUUUCCUCCAUAUCAUGGGGCGCUUAUGAAUGGUAUGAAGGAUAUCAAACUGCUGGUCAAACUACUCAAAUAAGAGAUAUGAUUAAAUGGGGAACUGAUUGGUUAAUUAAGGCACACUCCGAUCCAGAUGUUUUAUAUGUUAUGGUAGGAACGGCGAAUAUCGAUCAUAAUUAUUGGGGUCCUGACACUAACAUACCAUUACCAAGACCUUCUUUUAAUAUAAAUAAUUCUUCUCAUGGAAAUGAUGCUGCAGCAGAAGCGGCUGCUGCGAUGGCAGCUGCAUCAUUAUUCUUUAAGGAUAAAGUACAAGAUGAAGAUUACGCUAAUACAUUAUCUUUUCAUGCUAAACAAUUAUAUGAUUUCGCAAACCAACAGCCAUACGUAACAUAUCAAACAUCGGUUAAAGAGGCUGAUGACAUGUACUCUUCAAAUGGUUAUCAAGAUGAAUUGGUAUGGAGUAGUCUCUGGUUAUACAAAUUAACGAAAGAUCCACAAUAUUUUGAUAAUGCGGUAAAUUACUUUCAACAAUUUAAAUUAUCUGGACAAGUUAAUGUGAUUAACUGGGAUGAUAAAACUGGCGCAUCAUAUAUUUUAUUUGUACAAUGUGCUACGGAAUUAAAAAGAAAUGAUAUCGAUACUUGGAAAGCUGAAGCAGAAAGAUAUUUAGAUGCUGUAGUAUCUCCUGAUGAUAGAUGUCAUUUCACGAAAGGUGGAUUAUAUUUUUGUGAAGGUGACAGUGGUGCCGCUUCUUUGAAUCCCGCAUUAAAUGCUGCUUUCGUGUCGCUAUUAUAUUCCCCAUUCAGUUCGUCCGAUUCUAAGAAAGAUGAUUAUAUCAAGUUUGCCGCAAAGCAAAUUAAUUACUUGUUAGGAGAUAAUCCUAUGAAGACUCCUUAUGUUGUAGGAAUUCAUCCAAAUUCUCCUAAAGAUCCUCAUCAUUCAGGUGCACAUGGGGGUACCGAUAUAAAUAAUCCACGUGAGAAUAUGCAUGUUCUUUAUGGAAGUAUUGUAGGUGGUCCUUCUAAACAUGACGAGUAUAAAGAUGAUAGAAAGGAUUAUAAACAAUCUGAAGUUGCUUUAGAUUAUAAUGCUCCCUUUCAAAGUUUAAUGGCUUAUCAGGUUAUUAAUGCUAAAGAAGAUCCUUAUUAUGUUACUUUACCUCCUGGAAGACCUAAAACAAAUGUCGCUCUCGUCGUUAUAUUGGUGCUUCUCUCUUUAUCUGUCGUUGGUAUUGGUGGUUUUAUUUAUUGGAAAAAAUAUAGAAAUCGUAAUGUAAGGAAUAAAGUAUAG